AUGAUGCACGCCGGCGCCUCCCGCUACGACUUCGAUGGCUUCGGCAUCAUCUUCCGCCCCUGGCCGCACCAGUCCGACUGCAUGAUCGUCGCCGGCAUGCUCACCAACAAGAUGGCGCCCGCGCUACGCAAGGUCUACGACCAGAUCCCGGAGCCUCGCUGGGUGAUCUCGAUGGGCAGCUGCGCCAAUGGGAUCUCGCUGGGUGAUCUCCAUGGGCAGCUGCCAUCACCAAUUAACCGUGCAGUGCAGUGGCGUGAGCUUGCUGGAAAAAGCUGCCAGUAA